UGAGUAGCCAAGGUAAUAGACCUUUGGACAUUUUCGUCAGUGCGGUGCCAGACAUCAUCCUCUCUGAAGGCUGUUUGUGCUCCUCCCUCCUCUACGUUUGAUGCUAAUUGAAGGGAGGGGGAGUGUAUAACGUAUUUCUCUGUCAACUCAACGUUUAGCUGCGCCACUGUUUCUGUCACGACCAGUAGACAGAUCCACCCACCCGCGACUUUUUUCUGGAGCGAGUAAGAUAAAGCUAAAGCUUAUUGUGAAAUAUUUAGUGGCAGGCCUAGGCUAUAGGACUUUAUGGUGUUUCUUUAGUAAUGAGGUUACUACGAAAAUUGUAGGCGUAUCUAAGAACCAGUCCAAAACACAAAAGGAACGGAACAAGGAUAUCCACUCAUUCUCAGACUUGCUGUGAAAGCAGGUUAUUUGAGGAUCAAACGACAGACCAUGGAAGAUAGCCCUCAGCGGGCCUUGCAAGGCCUGGGCUCCUUCCCGUGGUGUGUGGGGGGGGCUCAGGUUCUGGGCCUGGCCUGUGUGGUGAUCACGGGCGUGUGGAUGGGCAGCUAUCACGGAGGCUACGCCUGGGACGGUUCGGGACAGGAGUUUAAUGUACAUCCCCUCUGCAUGGUCCUGGGCCUGGUCUUUCUCUAUGGAGAUGCGAUCCUGGUGUACAGAGUAUUUAGGAAUGAAAGCAAACGCAACGUCAAGGUUCUCCAUGCUGUGCUCCACCUUCUCGCCCUCAUUAUCAGCGUAGUGGGUAUCGUGGCUGUGUUUGACUUCCAUAAUCAUAACAAGAUCCCCAACAUGUACUCCCUCCACAGCUGGUGUGGCAUGCUCACCUUUGUUCUCUUCUGUGUACAGUGGCUGAUGGGGCUUGGUUUCUUCCUCUUCCCUGGGACGUUAAUGGCGCUGCGGAGCUGGUACCUGCCACUACAUGUCUUCUUUGGCCUGGCCAUGCUCGCCAUGUCCCUAGCCACCUGCCUACUGGGCAUUUCAGAGAAAUUGUUCUUCAGUAUCCAACACACAUAUUCACAGUUUGUCCCAGAGGGGAUCCUUGGUAACAUGCUAGGACUGCUGCUAGUAGCAUUUGGGAUUCUGGUAGGCUACGUGGUGACACGGGAGGACUUCAGGAGACCCCCGCACCCAGAGGAGGAGGCCUUAUCUGUGCACUUUAAGACCCUGACUGAGGGGGGAGGGAGCCCCACCUCACCUUAAACCAGGAAACACUCUGGUCUGAAAAGCUACUGUGUGCUCAGGCUUUAAUAAAAAUAAAAAUAGCUGGUGUAUGAGAGCUGGGCUGGAACAAAAGCCUGCACACCCAGUAUCUCUCCAGGACCAGCUGGAGAUCUGGCUGAUAUGCUGUCUUUAUUUCAUGUCACAUCAAGAGCUGUUCUACACCCCCUUGUGGUGAAAUGGAGGUAUGACAGGACUGAUUUGACCAUUGUAUUUGAUUGCUGCCACAGAUUAGCCAUCACAAAAGUGCCAUAUUAGGGCUCUAUAAACUAAAAUAGCCUUUGCUAUAUGUUCAGUGAGGACAACGCCAUGUGUCAUGCCUUCAUCUAGGGCAGUAGGGUUAUACUUUGUUUAACAAGAAGUAACUUCCAGUAUUACAAACUCGACUUCCAAGCUUGUGAAGUAGUUGCAGUUCGUUGUGACAAAAUAUUGAAUUAAUCUGUUGGCAGUGUUUAAUUUAUGAUAAAGGACCAAAAGGAUGUGCAAAGUUGUGACUGAACGAUGCCUGGAUUUUUGGGGUUGAAUUACACUUAGGCACUCUUGAAGCAAUUUCUUCACCAUUCCUUAUGUUUGGCUGGGUUGAAUUUUCACCAUUGAUUCAGGGUUUCCCCAACAGUCUCCCCGGGCCCCCCCCCCCGGAAGUUUCAUACUUUAGUCUAACCCUAAAGCACACCUGACUCAAUUAGUCAAAGGAUUGAUGGCUACUUGAAUCAGGUGUGCCAAUUGAAACUUCUGGGGGUCUCUAGGAGAGAGUUGGGAAACCUGCUACCACCUAUCCAAUAGUUUCAGGGCCCAGUUUUUCAGAUCAGAUCUUGGCAAUUGGAUUAAAUCUUAGCAUUGGGUAUUUCAAAACAAAAUUACCCAAUCAAAUUCUCAAUCGAGGUUAAAUGUUUUUCAAGACUGAAAGUAAGUGAUUAGGAUACUCUGUAGAGCUUUGUGCUUGCAGGAUAGUGGGUUCGAUUCCCGGGACCACCCAUAUGUAAAAAAUGAAAUCAAAUGUAUGCGCGCAUAACUAAGUCGCUUUGGAUAAAAAGCAUCUGUAAAAUGGCAAAUUUUGAUCACACUUGAAGGAUGGAAGAUAUUUCAAGGUGGGGAGGUUUAAAUGUUAAUUGUGUUAAAUCGACUGCAGUAUAGGUAUGUGGUCAGUUAUAUUGAGAAGUGUCAAAUAAAUGCAUGUUCUUUUGUGAUAUGCAGACAUCACUUUUUAUCUUAGUUACUUUGUGUUUCACUAUGACAGUGUAGAAGUAGUCAUGACCUAUAGAGGGCAAGGUGUAGGCCUACUCAAAAUCCUGUGAUCUUACAGUUUUUCCCAAUUGCUAAAACACAAUUUUGCAAAAUACUUAACGAAGCACUGCAACCAAAACUACAUAUAGCAUUAUCAAAAUCAAAUGUUUGCAUGAAAUGGCACACCAUAUUACCAGACUUUUGUCUAACCAACUACAUACACUGUUGGGCAUAAUGAAAAGCACUCAUCUUUAGUAUGCUUUGCCACAAUACUAAAAUAGUUCAAAUUGUAGAAAAUUCUUCAGGUGCACAGAAAUACACACAUGCUGUUUUUUUUGUGUUUUUUUUCAUCAAACAAGUCAGUGCAACAUAUGCACAGCAGAUAUAUUUACAUUGGACUGAACAAAAAUAUGCUCACAAAACAGUAAACUGAAAAAGGAAAAUGCAGACAAGAAAAGACAAGAGGCAAGAAAAAUAAUUAGGCAGCAUCUUGCCACACAGCUGGGUCUGGCCACAACGCCUCGUCCACAUCACAGGCAAUAUCUUCCCUUGCCAGACAUUGAGGGAAGAAGCGCCUUGAGUGCCUUAUCCAUCCCUGAAUCGCACCCACAUCAAUCUCAUCACAUGCCUCUUCCAUAGCCUGCACAAGAGGUAUGCGCACAAAGGGCUGUGGGUCGUAUAUACCUUCCACCGCCAUGCCGAAAAUAACUAUUCUAUGGGGUUCAGAAAUGGUGAGUAUGGUGGGAGGUAUUGCACGAGAAAUGGUGGGUGGUCAGCAAACCAGUUUUGGACUGGGGCUGCACGAUGAAAGCUCACGUUGUCCCAUACUACAAGGUACCUGGUUCUUUGAUGGUCUGCAUCAUUCAUACGCUCUGGUGGUAUGAGAACGUUGUGGAGUCUGUCCAGAAAUGUGAGAAUAUGGGCUGUGUUGUAUGGUCCAAGGUUGGCAUGACGGUGGAGGACACCAUGCGUACUGGAGAUGGCAGCGCACAUUGUGAUGUUCCCACCACGUUGGCCAGGAACAUCUAUAAUGGCUCUGUGGCCAAUGACGUUUCUCCCCCUUCUGGUCUUUGCUAGGUUGAACCCAGCCUCAUCUAUAAAGAUGAACUUAUGUGGGAUUGCAUGAGCAUCCAUUUCCAGUACUCCCUAAGAACAAAAGCAGUCAAUAUGGUGUUAUCCAGUACACUGGGAAACAGUGUUGUGUGUAGUGUACUGCAGUCAAUAUUGUACUUACAUCCACAUAUGCUCGUCUGACCUCUUUGUUUCUUUGAGAGUUUCUCUCAAACGGCACCUUUAUAAAGUUGUUUCAUUCUGAUUUGGUUUCGCUUGAGAAUGCGAGCCAAUGUGGACAGACUGACUCGUUGAAUAUGGUGUUGUCUUGGAUGAUGUGGCUUUGAAUUUCUCGUAAUCUGAUUUCAUUAUUUUCCAAAACCAAGUUUACAAUGGCAGCUUCCUGUACCCCGGUGAACAUUUGGCCCUUUCCUCCACCAUGGUUGCUCUCUGUCCUUUUAGAAAAACAAAAAUAUAGGGGUUGGACAAUGCAGUCUAAAGAUAUUUCCCCCACAGUAGAGUAAAUUCUACAGGAAAUUUGUGCAGUUAGUGUAUGACAUCAGCCAUUCAUGAAGUAAACAGGUGUCACCCAACUGAUACACUAUGACAUGGGGUGUACUACAUAGUGUGAAAGAAAUGUUGGUUACAUACCUGUACUCCAGUCUAAAUGUCCGGAUGACACAGACGACAGUAAAACGGCUCAAGUUGGGCUGCAUUUUCUGUCCAGCCUCUCCCAUUGUCAGCCCAUGGUGGAUGACAUGAUCAACUAAGGUUGCUCUGAUUCCAGCCUCUCUCAUUGUCAGCCCAUGGUUGAUGACAUGAUCAACUAAGGUUGCUCUGAUUCCAGCCUCUCUCAUUGUCAGCCCAUGGUUGAUGACAUGAUCAACUAAGGUUGCUCUGAUUCCAGCCUCUCACAUUGUCAGCCCAUGGUUGAUGACAUGAUCAACUAAUGUUGCUCUGAUUCCAUUUGAAAGUUGUCUUCUUUGGCCAUGAACUCCUCUACCAGCUCUACCCCUACCUCUCACUCUUCCUCCCCCUCUCAUUCUCACCCUCCCUCUUCCUCUCUCUGCAAUGGCUUCCCAUUGUUGUUGUAAAACAAAAGGUGCUCACCUGUGGUCUUUUCAUAGUGCUUACUUCCUGAUUGAAGUGGUAACAAUUAACCAUUGAGGUGUUUGGCCAGGUGGCACAUGUAUUGGCCAAUUAGCUCAUGUAGUGUCAUUUUGAAUGGCAGUGUUUUAAAAUGGCAAACGUGACUAUGUCAGAUUGUGUCUUAUGCAGAGAACCGUGUGCAGUGCAUUUAAAAAGUGCCAUUUUGAAUUGCAAAAUGUGUGUAAAGCAGAAAAUGUGUUUAGACUUGAAGAGGUUCUGCUCUCUGUGUGUCAGUUUUAAUAAUUGUGCUUUGCAUGUCAUUUUAGUGUGUUAGCAAUUGGAAAAAACUGUAAUAUUGUAAAAAACAAACAGCUCAAUUGAUCUCUUGAUUUGCAAAAUAUGGGUUUACAGAAUCAUUUGUAUCUGGGCUAAGGGGUCGAUUUGGUAUUCAGUAAAGAUCUUUAUGCUUCUGUGGUGUUAAAUGUAAAAUGCUCAGAGCUAGUGUAAUAGAAGGGAGUUAUAGUAUUUGUGCCAAACUGGAUUUAAUUGUAUUUAACAGUCAAUGGUUUUGGUGUAUGAAUGUAUUGUAAUUUGCUUUGUUCAAAGCAUCUACUUGUCCUAAUAUUUAAUCAGUUUGAAGAAUAAUUUAACUAAGAUUACUUGAUUCAAUAUCGCUGCCUCUUUUCACUUAGAAACCUGUUCUAUACAAUAGGCACUGCUGACUGACAAUUAUUAAACCUAUAUUGCCUUCCUAUCACUUAUUAAAGAUGCAUGACUCAA